CUGGCAGUGACGAAAACGUCAUGAGCGUCUUACUACCCAACAUGGCGGAUUUUGAUACCAUCUAUGAGUUAGACGAGGAAGAUGAACGUGUAGUGAGUGAAGAACAUCUUGUUAAAUAUUGCUCAGAACCUGUGAUUAUGCGAGGGGCCGGGCACAUCACCGUGUUUGGCUUGAGCAACAAAUUUGACACAGAGUUUCCCUCAGUACUUACGGGAAAGGUGGCUCCAGAGGAGUUUAAAACCAGCAUCAGCAGAGUGAACGCUUGCUUGAAGAAGAACUUGCCUGUCAAUGUGAAGUGGCUUCUUUGUGGUUGCCUGUGCUGUUGCUGUACAGUGGGCUUCAGUCUGUGGCCCGUUAUAUGCCUCAACAAGAGAGCGAGAAGAUCUAUUCAGAAGUUGUUAGAAUGGGAAAACAACCGGUUAUAUCACAAGCUGGGCCUGCACUGGAAACUCAGCAGAAGGAAAUGUGAAAGCAGCAAUAUGAUGGAAUAUGUAAUUCUUAUAGAAUUCUUACCCAAAUAUCCUAUAUUCCGACCGGACUGAGCUGAGGAGGCUGUUGGGAGACCUGCAGUGUGACCCUUGACUCCUAUCCGUAGUGCCUUGUAUAUAUGUUGAAAUGAGGGUCUGCACCGGUGUAGAGAUGUCCCUUACCAUCUCCCAGUACCUUGUACAAUAGAAAUUGCAACACUGUCACUUUGCUUUAGAGCAGAUUUUGUAGGGCAGAUUUUGCACAGUUCCUUUCGAAGUAGAAAAAUGCCCCCUUUUUGUUGUGUGUAAUACAACUAGUGAUUGAACAAAAAUAUACUGUUGAAAAGUGCAUUUAGCCCAAAGAGCCAUCAUUAAUCGAGGCCAUGUAUCGUAUCGUAUCAGUAUUGGACACCUAGAGCAUCAUCGCCUUAUGUAAAACAAUAAAGGAUGUUAUAAGACAGGAGGAGACCAGCAUUUUGUAGCCCACCAAGUUCAAAUUCUGGCUAUUGGGUUUAAUUUCCUCAAAUCAAUUCUUCUUUGAAACAAAAAGUAGAUGUGAUGCUUGAAUUUGCCUAACAUACUAUUUAACAGCAUCAUGUUUUUUCUUUACUUUGGAAAUGACCCCUCUGUACAGGAGAAUUGAAACGAACCUGUAAAUAUGUUAGGAUAAACUGUACAGUGGUACGCUGUUGUUUACGUUGUGAUUUAGAUCUGAUUUGUUUUGUCAAGAAAGUGCUGUACCAUAGUUUUGUUUAUGAAAGAUGUCUCUUACCAGUUUAUAUGGGCCUGUUUACCUAGUAAGCCAUAUCAUUUACAAUGUAUGUGAUGCCAGAGUUAGGACAGAAAAUUGCACUUAAGCUCGUCAAAAUGUCAUGAUUUCAGAGGAUGGUCAAACUGAGGUUCUGAGUAAUUUUACAAUGACACUAGUGAUGCAUGUUAUUUGUGUGGUUUUGCCAACUAAAGAAAAAAAGGUUAAAAAGUGUCAUCCAGUUUAACGUGAGAUGGCUACUUAUCUUUAUGAUGUACUGCUGGAAACAGACUCCAACUUGGCACUUUCAUGUCAAAAUGUUUUUUUUUGUCAAUCUUUUUGUUGCAGCUUUGUCUUUGUUCAUUUUAUAGUUUUGUAUUUUCCUAUAAUGUGUUUUGUCCUUGUUGUUAACACACAUACAGCCUAGAGAACAUGACAUAUUGAAAUAAAUGUUUCCUUAGUUAUU